AUGCAAGAAGCAACGCUUCCAAAGGAAUAUGCUUCGCUUUUUGAUUUUGAUGUAGUUUUGGAUGUCGUAGGAUGUUGCAACGGCUUUGUUUUGUUAUCUGGAUUUUCCUAUUGCAAGCACCGCCGCCUCAAUGUUUUAAACCAUCGCCUCAUUGUUCUAAAUCCAACUACUAAGGAUUUUUUGGAAUUACCAUCUCCCAAUUGCUGUUUUGAUGAUCCGAAAGGUGAUCAGAUUCGUCACUUUAAAGAAUACUACUUGUAUGGAUUCAGUUAUGAUUCCUUUACGGAUGAUUACAAGGUUGUUACCAUCUUUUCCAAUAAGCGCUUUUUGCCUAUUGUGCAUGUUUAUAGUCUUAGAAGUAAUACUUGGAAGCAUGUGAUUGAAUUUCCUUAUAAACCUUUUCAAACUACGAAAAUGAGUUCGUCAAGUGCUUUUACUAGUGGGAAUAUUCAUCGGUUAGCUAAGAAUCGUUGUGGUUAUUAUGUACCAACAAUUGUUGCUUUUAGUGUAGCAGAUGAGACUUUUAGUGAAGUGCCACCACCCUAUCAUGGUGACGUCUUGGUUUCUGGUCACUGCAAACUAGUUGAUGUUGGUGGAAAGCUUGGUUUAUUCGAGGAAGUGGACGGUAAGGUUUGGUUGAUGAAUGAGUAUGGGGUAAAAAAAUCUUGGACUACGAUUUCUCUCCAUGGACUCCAUAAAAAUCCAAUAUGUAAUGAACCAGCUUUUCUUCACACUCAUCAGGAUGGCAACAUUAUUCUGGUUGUACGCCGCAAUCUUAUAAUGAUAUACAACGUUGAAGAUAAAGGUCGUUGUAAAUAUUGUAAAGCUACUUAUCCGUUAGGGAAGGACUUGACUGCAAAAGCCAUAUGUGUCGAAAGCCUAGUCUCACCUAUAAAUUAUGGGUUAACCGAUUAG